AUGAUACAGACCAGCCUUUUAUUCUUGGUCGCCUCGUUGUGUCUGGUUUCUUCACAAUAUCUCAACCUGAACCUGCACAGACAUCAAAGUUGCGCAUGGAGAAAAAGUGAGUCAGCACUGAGUUUUGAAUUCUUAGAAAAAUUUUCCUGUUAGUUAUUGUUAUUAUCCGUCGAACAACACCCUUCAAUUAAGGCUCUCACUGGAACAGAAAAAUCGAGUUCCAAGGUGGUCAUUCGGAUAGCGGAGCCCUUCUCAAAUCGACCGAACAAAAAGGAUGCUAUGCCAUUAGUGUAAGAGGCAGUCGCCGAAAACAAAAGUCUUGACGCGGCCGAAAUAACAGGGAUUGUGUUCAGGGAAAAGUAAAAAUUCAUGAAGAUGUGAGCGACGAGUUGUUGAUCUAUUUGUCCGUUUCCACGACCGGCGACACCCAGAGACCUCCGGAAGUGUGCAGGGACGCGAAUCCGGAAACUGGAUGCGGAGGAGUUGGUUCAUGGUAAAUCAAGGAAAACCAAUUGUAUUCUUUCAUCAAAAACUUUCAAUGAAAGAUGAGCGUACGUACAUAGCAGAUAGUUUUCAGUCUUUAUUGUCGACCAUGUGAUUCUUUGGACUCUCUGACCAAAAUUCUUGGAGCCCAGCUUGUGGUUAAUGGGAAGCCAGCGGGAUGCGAGCCAUUAAAAGUAUAUAUACAUCAAGCAGUACUGAUCACCCACAAUAGUUUGCUUUUCGUAGAAAGGAGAAUAUGACAACGUGGAACUCCGCUUCUGCCUUCCAAAGCUUGCUGCUCUUCUGGAGUGGCAGGGUAUUUCUGAAGAUGCGCUGGACCACAUUCUCGCUGCCACUACACAGGUUCGCUACAACUAACACCGAACCUUUGAUGUACUGGAGAGUUUUCAGGAAGGAAACGGGCCCCCAAAGCUCAGUCUUUUUGUGACUGUUUACCUGUUUGACAAAGAUAUCAAACCACUUCUUGUGUACGUUUACAAACACAAAAGCUCAAGUGAUCAAACCAAACCAAACAAAACGAUUUUCCAGAUCUCAACGCAAACUCGAGUCACGUAUUCGUGAACUCCGAAAACUGGGCAACGACGAGCAGGUGGAUUCGCAGACAUACUGGAACUUGCCUUUCAAUCAAGUCAUCAAAAAACAAUCGGUAUUUGUUGGAUGUCACAAACUGUACGGAACGAUCAGUCUGAGCGAUAUUCAAGCCAAGAAGAAGAAAUAA